AAAACCGGUAGCGAUGCCUGGUGGAUAGGAACAAACUUGGGACCAAGGAGAGACGCAGGCACAGGGCACCCUCGCAGCAGCGGACAGGGCACUGAGGGCCAGAGGCCGCAGGCCAGGGCAGCGGCGCGGCGGAUGCGGCAGGGACCUGCGUGAGGACUCCCUGAGCCUCGCACGGGCCACGAGUGAUCCUCAGGAUGCCUCACAACUCCAUCCGAUCCGGCCACGGAGGGCUGAACCAGCUGGGAGGGGCCUUCGUGAACGGCAGACCCCUGCCCGAAGUGGUGCGUCAGCGCAUAGUGGACCUGGCCCAUCAGGGCGUGAGGCCCUGUGACAUCUCCCGCCAGCUUCGUGUCAGCCAUGGCUGUGUCAGCAAGAUUCUUGGCAGUAGGUACUACGAGACUGGCAGCAUCCGGCCUGGGGUGAUAGGUGGCUCCAAGCCCAAGGUGGCUACCCCCAAGGUGGUGGAGAAGAUCGGGGACUACAAGCGACAGAACCCCACCAUGUUUGCCUGGGAGAUCCGAGACCGGCUCCUGGCUGAGGGCGUCUGUGACAACGACACUGUGCCUAGUGUCAGCUCCAUCAACAGAAUCAUCCGGACCAAAGUGCAGCAACCAUUCAACCUCCCCAUGGACAGCUGCGUGGCCACCAAGUCCCUGAGCCCAGGACACACGCUGAUCCCCAGCUCGGCCGUGACACCCCCGGAGUCACCCCAGUCUGACUCUCUGGGCUCCACUUACUCCAUCAAUGGGCUACUGGGGAUCGCCCAGCCUGGCAGCGAGAACAAGAGGAAGAUGGAUGACAGUGACCAAGACAGCUGCCGGCUGAGCAUCGACUCCCAGAGCAGCAGCAGCGGGCCCCGCAAGCACCUCCGCACGGACGCCUUCAGCCAGCACCACCUCGAGCCCCUUGAGUGCCCCUUCGAGCGGCAGCACUACCCUGAGGCCUACACCUCCCCCGGCCACACCAAAGGCGAGCAGGGCCUUUACCCGCUGCCCCUGCUCAACAGCGCCCUGGACGACGGGAAGGCCACCCUGACCCCUUCCAACACACCCUUGGGGCGCAACCUCUCGACUCACCAGACCUACCCCGUGGUGACAGAUCCUCACUCACCCUUCGCCAUAAAGCAGGAAAGCCCCGAGGUGUCCAGUUCUAGCUCCACCCCUUCCUCUUUAUCUAGCUCGGCCUUUUUGGACCUGCAGCAAGUCGGCUCUGGGGUCCCCGCGGGAGCCUCGGUCCCGCCCUUCAAUGCCUUUCCCCACGCUGCCUCAGUGUACGGGCAGCUCGCGGGCCAGGUCCUCCUCUCAGGGCGAGAGAUGGUGGGGCCCACGCUGCCUGGAUACCCACCCCACAUCCCCACCAGUGGACAGGGCAGCUAUGCCUCCUCUGCCAUCGCAGGCAUGGUUGCAGGAAGUGAAUACUCUGGCAAUGCCUACGGCCACACCCCCUACUCCUCCUACAGCGAGGCCUGGCGCUUCCCCAACUCCAGCUUGCUGAGUUCCCCAUAUUAUUACAGUUCCACAUCGAGGCCGAGCGCACCGCCCACCACCGCCACGGCCUUUGACCACCUGUAGUCGCCAUGGGGACAGUGGGAGCGACGGAGCAGCAGGAGGACCCGGGCCCGAAAGGAAUCUUUAUUUAUUACACGAAAAUAAUCACAAGUCCGGCACACGGGUCGCACUCCUGUGUGGUUGACUUAAUGAACCGUGAAAGACAGGAUGACUUUGCAGAAGGCCAGACUGUCCUCCGGGAUUCCUCAGUGAGACGGAGUCCCAGGGAGGGACGCCGCACCCUGAAACACGCAAAACUGGAGGGGUGCGGGGAGCAGAGGAGCUGCGAGCUUUAGGGGAUGGCAGGCAGCCCACAGGGGGCUGAGGAGCCCACGGCACCUCUGAGGCUCCACCAUCAACAUGCACUAGCGGUCGAUCAAUCGGUCCUGGGCUCUUAGCAGUUCCGUCUGGCCCAGGAGUCACAGCCAUAGGAAGGCUGUUCCCCAGCCACCCUGGGGGUCACUCACUGAGCUGCCCCAGAAUUGAGGCUCCUGCCCUCCACCUCCCCGACCCAGCCGGCUUGGCUCCGCCUGCACCUCCCCCUUGGCCACGGGCUGAGAGCCUAAGAGCCCCGCCAGUCAACCAAAAGCUCCACUGGCGGGCAAGGGCCCUCCUCUGCCUGCUCUGUGAUGCCCCACCACCCCAGCUUCUCCUCCUGCAGCUUGUCCCAGAGACCAGCCUCUGACAGCUGCACACAGACUUCCCCAGGGGCCCAGCGCAGGGCAGGCAGAGCUGCCAGGAACUCGUGUCCCUCCCAUCGGCCCUGCCUCGGCCCACGCCCCCCACACCUGAGGAGGCUGCUGCCACUCAGCCAGCCACGCAGGCUCCCUCUGCGCCUGCCGCUCCCGCCCCAGGCCUGACUGUAAAUACUGUAAAUGCAGCUCUGAUGGGUACGCUCCCUCUGUCCACCCAGACUGUGGCCUCUCUGAAGUGUCUCCCUGCCAUGUUGGGCUUCUCUCCCCGAUGCUUCUUUCUUUUUUAAAGACGCCACUACUGCCACUCAACUCAAUAAACCAUUACUCCAUUCCAA